AUGAACUUAGACGACAUAAGGCCAACUCCGGGUAAAACCCGGGUAUACCUGAAAAGCUUUCAGGGCCAGUGCGCUACUUGCGGCGCGCAACGCCUGCUCAAGUACGCGCAACGUACCAUAUGCUGCCGCUAUGCGUGCCUUAAGGCGGCUGCGGCGAAGCGGCGGGCGCGGCAUGCCGAUGGCAGCUUCUCUGACAUGCGUUUGUUUGAGCUUGAGGCUAUUUGUGAGAACUGUUUGGCGAAGAAGUCGCCGAAGAUUGCGCUCAAGAAGCAGCAACGAGAAUCGGAAGAGGAGGAUGCUGAGGCGGCGAUUGCUGAGCAUGAGAAGGACCGAUCGCCCGCCGCAGGCGAAGAAAAUUUGGGGGUUGCGCCGUAUCGUUUGUACGUUGAUCACGGCCUCCAGGCUCAGAACUUAGACUACUACCCAACCAGUGCAGUGCCAGUGGUGGUGUGA